AAACCCAUGAGAUGUGCCUAUGAUUAAUCUUUUAGAAAUGCCUUGAAAUGAUAUCUUAUGAGCACGAACACAACAUUUCUCGUCAAGAGAUUGAUGAAUUCUUGGCGUAAAGCUUUAUGCUCCACUCUGCAUCGUGAAUUGAGGAGUAAACUCCAAAAAUCUCACAUAAGAACCAAUGAAGCCUUACCAGCAGAGGAGACAUCACAGCCCGAGACAACAGCUUCUGCUGCUUCACUCAAUGCUGCUGCACAGGCUUCUGCAGAUGCAAAGCGAUAUGAAUCGUCAUCCUUCUCCGUACUUGUUGACUCUAGUUCCCCAGACACACUUUGGAGAUUCUUUGGUUCUCCAGAAUCGCUGAGAAUGAUUCUUCUGCUACUAAGAUCAGUCUUCUCGUCUGCCCAAGUUACUGAACGGCCUCGCCGCCAUCAUCGCCGACUGGUGCAGCGCCGCCGUGAGCUAGCCGCCGGUCGUCGCCGUCCAACUGGAGCAGCCAGCCGCCGGCGUCGCCGCUCAUCGCCGCCGUCGAUUGCAGCGCCGCCGCUACUUCCUUCGCCAGUAGCCGCCGCUCAGCGUCGCCGAGCCUCCAGCCGCCGUCGCCGAGCUUCCAGCUGCUGCUUCGCCUUCGCCGGAAACGAGCGCCGCCGUCGCCCUUUGCACAGCGGCCAUCCUCGCCGUCGAGUGCAACGCCGCUGUUUCGCCUUCGUCGGUCGUCCACCGCCGUCGAUUGCAGCGCCGUCAGUCGCUGCUCAUCGCCGUCGAGUUGCUGCUCCGCCACUGUCGCCGGCGUCCGUCACCGUCGCCGCAUCCGGCCGCUGCCCCGAGUUGAUAUCGCCGGCAGAUUAACCUCCACGCCGGAUUGAUUGGUCGAUUUCGUAUUUUGACUCGAUUUGACCCGUUCGUUUGAUUUCGUUGAUUUGCCUUCCGUUCGAGCUAUCGAUUCGAUUUCGGCGUAAUCCAGGUCCGUACUAUGAAGUUAAUAGCAUUCAGAAUAGAUUUAAUGGUUUGGA